AUGAAAACAUCCCCUGCUGCGCUCUUGAGCAUAGCGCUCGCUGGAGGAGCGCUGGGCCACAAUGUCGAAGGAAUCCUCCUCGUCAACGGCACCGAGACGCCGGAAUGGAAAUACGUCCUGGAUGUCCAGCCCCCAUGGUCAAUUGAUCCCGCGACGUAUCCUCCGCACUACCAGGGCUACAAGCUCUCGCCCAUCAUCGGUCCCGCAGACCCGAACAUCACCUGCGGCAGGGCGGCCUUCGACGCGGCCGCUCGGACCGAAAUAGCCAAUGUGCUGGCCGGCUCCGAAGUCGGCUUCCGAGUUUCCGCCGAUGGCAACGGAAAUCGAGCUGAUGUCGUGGAACCGUCGACAAUCAGGUAUCCGUCCUUCUGGCAUCCUGGUCCGGCCCAGAUCUACCUCUCACGGGCUCACAAUGAUGACCUCAAGAGCUACCGAGGAGAUGGAAACUGGUUCAAGAUUGCCUAUGCAGGCCCCUUGGAUGAUCAGCAUUGGUCGCUUUAUCCAUUUGUGUCUGAUUUUAACUUCACCAUCCCGAAAACCACCCCGCCGGGCAAGUACUUGAUGCGAAUCGAGAAUUUCAUGCCUACGAACACAUCUAGCUACCAGCAAUUCUACAUCAACUGCGCCUUUGUGAAUAUCAUAGGCCCAGGUGGCGGCACUCCGACGGAAUUUGUGAAGUUUCCCGGCACGUAUGUUCCGGAAGAUCCGGGCCUUCUCGUACCGCUUAACCAGGAUUUGAUGAGCGGGAAACUCAAGGUUGACGAUAUGAAGCUGAUGGAGUACAAGCCGCCUGGUCCUGCUGUGUGGACUGGCUGA